AUGCGGUAUACUACGAUGCGGACUGCAAAGAAUGGGCCUCUCACAGCUGGGUCAUCAAACCGGAGUCUUAGUCACUUCCAGUCCCUCUCUGUGCCCAAGUCACUCUCAGUCACCCCAGUGACUCUCAGUCACCCCAGUCACCCCAGUCCCUCUCCGUGCCCCAGUCACCCCGUCACUCCCAGUCACCCCGUCACUCCCAGUCACCCCAUUCACUCUCAGUCACCCCAGUCACUCUCAGUCACCCCAGUCACUCUCAGUCACCCGGCCACACUCAGUCACUCUCAGUCACCCCAGUCACUCCCAGUCCCCCUCCGUGCCCCAGUCACUCUCAGUCACCUCAGUCACUCCCAGUCCCUCUCCGUGCCCCAGUCACUCUCAGUCACCUCAGUCACUCUCAGUCACCCCAGUCACCCCAGUCCCUCUCCGUGCCCCAGUCACCCCGUCACUCCCAGUCACCCCGUCACUCCCAGUCACCCCAUUCACUCUCAGUCACCCCAGUCACUCUCAGUCACCCCAGUCACUCUCAGUCACCCGGCCACACUCAGUCACUCUCAGUCACCCCAGUCACUCCCAGUCCCCCUCCGUGCCCCAGUCACUCUCAGUCACCUCAGUCACUCCCAGUCCCUCUCCGUGCCCCAGUCACUCUCAGUCACCUCAGUCACUCUCAGUCACCCCAGUCACCCCAGUCCCUCUCCGUGCCCCAGUCACCCCGUCACUCCCAGUCACCCCAGUCACUCUCAGUCACCCCAGUCACUCUCAGUCACCCCAGUCACUCUCAGUCCCUUCCAGUCACUUCCAGUCCCUCUCUGUGCCCAAGUCACUCUCAGUCACCCCAGUGACUCUCAGUCACCCCAGUCACCCCAGUCCCUCUCCGUGCCCCAGUCACCCCGUCACUCCCAGUCACCCCGUCACUCCCAGUCACCCCAUUCACUCUCAGUCACCCCAGUCACUCUCAGUCACCCCAGUCACUCUCAGUCACCCGGCCACACUCAGUCACUCUCAGUCACCCCAGUCACUCCCAGUCCCCCUCCGUGCCCCAGUCACUCUCAGUCACCUCAGUCACUCUCAGUCCCUCUCCGUGCCCCAGUCACUCUCAGUCACCUCAGUCACUCUCAGUCACCCCAGUCACCCCAGUCCCUCUCCGUGCCCCAGUCACCCCGUCACUCCCAGUCACCCCAGUCACUCUCAGUCACCCCAGUCACUCUCAGUCACCCCAGUCACUCUCAGUCACCCCAGUCACUCUCAGUCACCCUCAGUCACUCUCAGUCACACUCAGUCAGCCUCAGUCACUCUCAGUCACCCUCAGUCACCCUCAGUCACUCUCAGUCACUCUCAGUCACACUCAGUCACACUCAGUCACACUCAGUCACCCUCAGUCACUCUCAGUCACCCUCAGUCACACUCAGUCACCCUCAGUCACACUCAGUCACCCUCAGUCACCCUCAGUCACUCUCAGUCACCCUCAGUCACACUCAGUCACCCUCAGUCACUCUCAGUCACCCUCAGUCACCCCUGUCACUCUCAGUCACUCUCAGUCACACUCAGUCACCCUCAGUCACCCUAGUCACACCAGUCACUCUCAGUCACCCUCAGUCACCCCAGUCACUCUCAGUCACCCUAGUCACCUUCGGUCACCCUAGUCACACCAGUCACUCUCAGUCACCCCAGUCACUCUCUGUCACCCCAGUCAUCCCAGUCACUCUCAGUCACUCUCAGUCACCCUCAGUCACUCUCAGUCACCCUCAGUCACACUCAGUCACCCUCAGUCACUCUCAGUCACUCUCAGUCACCCUCAGUCACUCUCAGUCACACUCAGUCACUCUCAGUCACCCCAGUCACUCUCAGUCACACUCAGUCACCCCAGUCACCCUCAGUCACCCCAGUCACUCUCAUCACCCUCAGUCACCCAAGUCACCCCAGUCACUCUCAGUCACCCUCAGUCACUCUCAGUCACCCUCAGUCACCCCAGUCACUCUCAGUCACCCUCAGUCACCCCAGUCACCCCAGUCACUCUCUGUCACCCCAGUCACCCCAGUCACCCCAGUCACUCUCAGUCACCCUCCGUCACCCCAGUCACCCCAGUCACUCUCAGUCACCCUCUGUCACCCCAUCCACCCCAGUCACUCUCAGUCACCCUCUGUCACCCCAGUCACUCUCAGUCACCCCAGUCACACUCAGUCACCCUCAGUCACCCUCAGGCACUCUCAGUCACCCUCAGUCACACUCAGUCACUCUCAGUCACUCUCAGUCACACUCAGUCACACUCAGUCACCCCAGUCAAUCUCAAUCACCCCAGUCACUCUCAGUCACCCCAGUCAGUCUCAAUCACCCCAGUCAUUCUCAAUCGCCCCAGUCACUCUCAGUCACCCCAGUCACCCCAGUCACUCUCAGUCACCCCAGUCACCCAAGUCACCUCAGUCACCCCAAGUCACUCUCAGUCACACCAGUCACUCUCAGUCACCCCAGUCACCCCAGUCACCUCAGUCACCCCAGUCACCUCAGUCACCCCAAGUCAAUAUCAAUCACUCCCAGUCACCCCAGUCACCUCAGUCACCCCAAGUCACUCUCAGUCACCCCAGUCAAUCUCAAUCACCCCAGUCACUCUCAGUCACCCCAGUCAGUCUCAAUCACCCCAGUCAUUCUCAAUCACCCCAGUCACUCUCAGUCACUCCCUAUCGAAACGAUUUUUGCAACAAGAAAUAG